AUGAUUAAAUUGAUUAUAAAUAUACUUUAUUUAGACAAAAAGAUAAUUGUUUUUAAAUAUUUUAUUCUAAUUAAAUUUAUUAUGAGAUAUUUAAAUUUAAAUAAUUUGAAAAUUUUUAUAAUAUCUUUUUAUAAGCAACUGGUUGAAUAUAAAAGCUGGUUACUUUUAACAAAGUUCAAUUUCUUAUAA